AUGAGAGUCAUCAUUAUUGAUACCUGGGGACAUGCAUUCACCAUAGAAGUGGGUCUGAAAGAACCUGUUCUGGACAUCAAAAGGAAGGUGGAACAAUUCUUGGGUGUCCCCGCGGCUUCACAAACCCUUGCAGUGUCUGAAUGGGAGUUAGAAGACGGACUAGACAUGGAAGAUUAUCCAAUUGUCACUGAAGGUACGAAAAUUAAUCUCACCAUCAAAUGUAUGGAACCUCAUGUAAAUCAGUCCAGUAAGAUUCAGAUUAUCGUAAAAUCUUCAACAGCACAACAUCAGUUAGAGGUAUUCAAAACAGAGACAGUUGGUAGUCUUAAAGAAAAAAUCCACAUUAUUGAAGGUACACCAAUCAAAAGAAUUUCACUCUUCUUUUCUGGAAUUGAGUUGGAAGAAGAUUUUCGCAAAUUAAGUGAGUACGGGAUAUGCGAAUUUUCUGAGAUUGCUUUGUUCCUCAAGACCAUGAAUUGUCUCAGAGACGGCCCUCCCUCAAGAAGACUGAGUAUAGUGGUACAAACUUCCUCGAGUUUACUUAAUUCAGCAAGUAUUCCUUUGAAAAUGGAGGAUUCAAGCACAGUUAAUGACUUGAGGCUGUUACUUUUGAGCAGUAAAUUUCUUCCUGCUGAUGAUUAUUUGUUCAUACACAAGCAGAGGACCAUGCGUGAUAAUUGUAGCCUCAAGUGGCAUGGUGUAGAAGAUGGAGAUUCUAUAUAUGUAUUUAAAGGGACUGUCUAUCGCAGUGGAUAUUAA